AUUUUAAAGUGAAUUAAUCCUUUAACUAAAAAGUGUUAUAGCAUGUUACAGCAAAACGUAAAUGCGUAUUGUAAUAAUUAAUACCCUAAAUAGCAUUUAUGGGCAUUUGUCAUGGAAGUGCUAUGAUAUUUCUUUAAGCACCUGAAGUAGAAGUAGCAUGUAAAUGAAUUUAAAAUGUAAAAGUAUCUUGAAGUAAAUACAAUGUAAAUGUAGGCCUAUAAAGUAUAUGAAAUGGUAAUCAUUCAAUGUCAUGGUGUGCAAUAAUGGCAAGCAACAAAUUUCAAAUCGUGGUACAGGGAGAAGCAUCAGAAACUGAUUCGGAUGAUGAAGUGUACAUCACCUCUGCCCCUCCUGUCCAUGCGUUAUCAUCAUCAUCAUCAUCAUCAGGGAUGAAGGUGGCAGGAGAGGCGCCCGAGACCGACAGCGAGGAUGAGGAGGAGAGAGCGCGCAGACUGGCCUCUGAAAGCCAACAACAGAUGCUCCGCAAAGAUCUUCCUCCGCUCAUCGUGAUCAGAAACACACCUGCGACAGUGUGCGGACAGGAGGACAGUUCGUCGCCUGUGUCCAGACCUGAUUCAGGUCGUUUUAACACAUUACUCCAGCAGAAACUGCAGGAGAGCAAUGCAAGAUUGUGCGCUGAUGUCAAUCAAAGCCUGAAACAGGUGUAUCAGAACGCUGCGAGGGACAUAAGACAGGCCACCACUCAUCUGAACAACUCUCAGACAAGCAUCAUCAAUGCGUCCCACAGCAUUAGACUCAUACUAGAGGACCUGAAGUCAGUGUCUGAGAAGAUUGACAUCAUUACGAGCUGUCAUCUGCUGCCGGACAUCACAAUGCCAAACCCGGUGUCUGGACAAUCUUAAUCAAAUGUUUGAGAGUAAGUUGAGACAGCUGCAUGUACUUUAAAUGACAAAUGUUGUGUAUUGGUUAAUAUGGGCUUGUUGUUGGCCUGUUGAAGGUCCAAUAUAAGCGACAACUUGGAUGCGUUUGACUGAUUUUCUUGAAUGCUACAUGAAGUGUGGAAUGUGUCAGUAGCCUGGUCAUUGACCAACAUGGUCAUGAUUAUCAGUGAGUGAUCACCAAUUUAAUAACUUGGGCUGAUUUGCUGAAUGCACAGAGGAAAUAUAGCAAAUAAAUUAUAUAAGUAAAAAACCAAAAGGUUAACUUGUCCGUUGUGUAAACUAAAUUUCUCUUCUUUUUUUUUAAUAUACAGGUUGAAAUUUGCAUCAGUGUAUAUAGGAAAGUGUGAUUUAGGGAAUGUAACUAGUCAGCAUUUGUUUUAAUUUAUCUUUUAAUGGAAAAAAUAUAAUUUCAAUAAUAUUAUUGAAAAAAUAAUGCAGGUCAUAAGCAGUGUAGCAAUAUAAUAAUUAUAUUUAAGAAAAAUAAAUUAUAUAUAUAUACACGCUUACAGUACAUAUAUACACAAAGUAAUAUAUAUUACAGUCAAACCAAAAAUUAUUCAGACAUUUUUGAUUUUUUACUAGUGGGUGCAGGACACUAUAGUUCAUUUAUGUAAGUGAGGAUAGCAAAAUAAAGUAAACUGUGACAUAUUAUACCCAAAAAAUUUUCAUACAGUGGACUACCAGUAAAAUUAAUAAAAAUUUGGAACCAAAAAUUAUUCAGACACUUUGACCUGACCAUGUUUUGCUUAAGUGUUAUCUGACAUAAUUAAGAUUUCUUUCUGACAGUUUAAGCUUGACUUGACAGUUGUCCAAAAGACGACCAUUGACACCUUGCGCAAGGAGGGCAAGACACAAAAGGUCAUUGCAAAAGAGGCUGGCUGUUCACAGAGCUCUGUGUCCAAGCACAUUAAUAGAGAGGCGAAGGGAAGGAAAAGAUGUGGUAGAAAAAAAGUGUACAAGCAAUAGGGAUAACCGCACACUGGAGAGGAUUGUGAAACAAAACCCAUUCAAAAAUGUGGGGGAGAUUCACAAAGAGUGGACUGCAGCUGGAGUCAGUGCUUCAAGAACCACUACGCACAGACGUAUGCAAGACAUGGGUUUCAGCUGUCGCAUUCCUUGUGUCAAGCCACUCUUGAACAACAGACAGCGUCAGAAGCGUCUUGCCUGGGCUAAAGACGAAAAGGACUGGACUGCUGCUGAGUGGUCCAAAGUUAUGUUCUCUGAUGAAAGUAAAUUUUGCAUUUCCUUUGGAAAUCAGGGUCCCAGAGUCUGGAAGAAGAGAGGAGAGGCACACAAUCCACGUUGCUUGAGGUCCAGUGUAAAGUUUCCACAGUCAGUGAUGGUUUGGGGUGCCAUGUCAUCUGCUGGUGUUGGUCCACUGUGUUUUCUGAGGUCCAAGGUCAACGCAGCCGUAUACCAGGACGUUUUAGAGCACUUCAUGCUUCCUGCUGCUGACCAACUUUAUGGAGAUGCAGAUUUCAUUUUCCAACAGGAUUUGGCACCUGCACACAGUGCCAAAGCUACCAGUACCUGGUUUAAGGACCAUGGUAUCCCUGUUCUUAAUUGGCCAGCAAACUCGCCUGACCUUAACCCCAUAGAAAAUCUAUGGGGUAUUGUGAAGAGGAAGAUGCGAUAUGCCAGACCCAACAAUGCAGAAGAGCUGAAGGCCACUAUCAGAGCAACCUGGGCUCUUAUAACACCUGAGCAGUGCCACAGACUGAUCGACUCCAUGCCACGCUGCAUUGCUGCAGUAAUUCAGGCAAAAAGAGCCCCAACUAAGUAUUGAGUGCUGUACAUGCUCAUACUUUUCAUGUUCAUACUUUUCAGUUGGCCAAGAUUUCUAAAAAUCCUUUCUUUGUAUUGGUCUUAAGUAAUACUCUAAUUUUCUGAGAUACUGAAUUUGGGAUUUUCCUCAGUUGUCCGUUAUAAUCAUCAAAAUUAAAAGAAAUAAACAUUUGAAAUAUA